UUGAUUUUCAAUAUGGUUGACCACAGUGAAUCUUGCAACAAGAAUCAUUUUUUGGAUAUAUAGUGUCAAAAUAAUAUUUAAAAUACAUAGCAAUGCUGAUAAGGCAACGUUAACGUUUUUGGACUUUCAAUCUGCAAUGCAUUUGUGUAGACAUUGAGGAACACCAGUAAAUUAUCGCAUCUAAAAUUGGAAUAUACAUAAACUUGACAAAACAUGGCGUCUCCGUCUCAUAAAAUGAGCGAGGAAAAUUUAGAGAAGAAGAUGCUUAACGUCACUAAUACCCAGGACAGCAUCCAGAGUUUAUCUCUUUGGUUAAUUCAUCACAAAUCUCACCACAAACGGGUGGCAGAAGUGUGGCUAAAGACAGUCAAGAAAGCAUCCCCAAAGCAUAAACUUGUAUUGUUUAACCUGUGCAAUGAUGUGUGUCAAAAUGGGAAAAGGAAAAAAGCCGGUGUUUACAUUGAGAGCUUUAAGAAUGUGUUGGCAGAAGCACUAGCUCAUUCUCGAGACAAAUCCAUUCAACCAAACAUUAUUAGGAUCCUGAAAAUCUGGGGAGAAAGAAAUAUCUUUCCAAAAGCCUACCUGGCUGAAAUGAAUGAUAUUCUUACAAAAGAAUCCCCGGCACCAACCCCUGUUGCUAAUGCUGCCAUCAGCCCUGCCACUUCAGUGGGAUCCACCCCUGUGACUCCUUCACAGACCUACAAACCAACAGCUAAAAUUAAAGAUGAAGAAAAGAUACUUGCUGAAUUCAAACCUCAGAUAAUGAUUGAAAAAAUAAACAGCUAUAAAAGACUUGAAGGAGAAGUGGAACUCAAAUUUAAGCAGAUUUCAAGUCUUAAACUGGAUGCUUCAAGUGUGGAAGCAGUUUCUCAACUAAAGGACAGAGCCCAUGGGAAGCAAUUCAGCCAACAAUUUGAGGAUUCAUGUUCAAAACUAGAGAACUAUGUAUCAAGUGCUGAACAGCAGAUCAUGGAACAGAAGGUGAUGAUUGAGAUGCUGGAACAGAGCCAAGUGUUCUACGACGAGCAGUAUAGAGAGGCCAGGAUCGUGGCUAAUGCCUAUAAGAACUUUGGAACCAGAAUCAAUAACUUACGUAAGAAGUUGGAGGAACUGAUGAAGUCUUUGCCCAGCCCUGUCCCCUCCCCGUCCUACGACGCCCCCUCCCCUGGUAAUACCCCACCCCUGGAGGAGAUUGACAACACCGAGGCUGUGGACAUGGAGCUUGAUGAUGAUGACAACGCUGCCCCGGACAACAUUCUUGCCACACAGCAGCCUAGCAGCAGUGUUAACUCAAAUCCAACCCAUGGUGAGGUGUAUGAUCCAGAGGCAGCAAUGAACUCUAAGUCGAAAUAUAUUGCAGGACCAAAUGCCUUAGAGUCACGCAUUGCAACAAUGAUUCCUUCCCUCCCAACUGGCAGUGUGCAGCACAACCCAGUUGCCCCCUCUAGCAACAUACAGCACAACGUAGAUCCAAGAGCUCAGCUGCCCCUCCCUGCUGAAAACCCCCCAGUGUACAUCCCGCCCAAACCAACAAUCAUUAAGGUGCUACAACAAGAGGGAGGUACCCCAACAAAGGAUGAGGGAAGCUGUACUCCAGUCAUGGAUGAAAAAGAGGACUCACCCCCAAGAUCUCACCAGAAUCCAAUCGACUUUCUGACUCAGAUUCUAUCUAAAACUCCGCAAACCUCCACCCCAGGUUCUAGUUUUCUCCAGAAUUUAUCUUUGCUUACAAACACAGUGAAAUCCCAGUUUCAGCAUAACAGAGAGGGUGUGAAGCAACCCCAGCCUAUACAGCCUCCUCCUAUAGAGGCACCCAACUCCUGGGCAGAAUGGAAAGCUCAGAUGAACCCUGAGCAGGUCCCUCAACCUGUUGCCCCUCCUAUAAGGCUCCCACAACCUCCUCCUCUGCAGCCCCCAAUGUUUUCACAAAUGAAUUCUAGGCCAUCAGCACCACAGCCAAUAUCUGCACAAACUGCCACAAUGGUUUCCCCUCCAGUUAUCUCCCCAUCAAGUGCAGUCAGACCACCCCCUCUUCAAGCUCCUCCACCUAGUUUUAUGCGGCCACAGAAUUCUAGCCCAGAGGCAUGGAACCCUCGUCCACCUAUCCCUCCCCAGCCUUUCACUGCACAACCAAAUUUUUCUGCUCCUCCAGUUGGAGGUUUUCCAGGGGGUCAGGGUGAUGGGAUAUCUCCAAACUGGACUUCACAUAGUGCUCCAAAAUCGGAUCAACCUUCGCCUGGAUGGAACCUGCCGUCAGGUGCUCAAGACCGCUCACAGUCUGUCUGGAACCAACCCACAUCUGGGCCUUCACCAGUCAACAACUGGAAUCCUCUCAUCAAGAAAACUGAUCAGCAUUGGACAGACCAGAAUGAGGGGUCUUGGAAUCAGACAUGGGACCAGAGUGAGGAGUCAUCUGCAUCUGAUGCGCCAGCAACAAACGUGUCAUCACUCCCUCCACCACCGAAGAGUAUUCUAAGAAACCGAAAAUCUAGUCUCAAGGAGGUGCCAAUAACACCCAGUGAAUCCUUAGAGGAUUCUUCUCUCCCCAAACCCCCUGGUGAACCUCCCUCACCCACAGAGGGUAAAUUCAAGUCGGCCAUGAAAGAUAAAGCAAAGAGUGCUCCUGAUGAUCAUAGAGAGUUUCUUGAGAAGUUAAAAAGAAAAACAACAGGAUCUGCUGGCAAUAAUUUAGUUUCUCCACCGGUCAUGGAGGAAAAUAACGAUAAAGCAAAGUCAAAUCUGUUCAAUAUUCCAAGUAAUGCAGAAAAUAAUAAUUCUGUCACAGAAGGGGAAGACCAGAGGGAGGAAGAUGAGGAAGGGAGCAUUCUAAAAAUAGAAACUGUUAGAGUAGAACGCCGCUAUCAGAGUAAACAUGAUGACAUCCGCAUGCCAGAUAAACCAACAGUGAAUAAAGACUAUAGGUAUGAGGACAACUAUGAGAGACUUGAAAGACAUGAUAAUGGGGGAUAUAGGGAUGAUUACGGACCCACAGUUCGAGGGGGUGGGGGGCAAUCAGGACCUAGGUAUAGAGCACCUGGUCCAUACAGAGGGGGGCGUGACCCACCCUAUAGAGAACCUCCCCACUGGGACAGGCCCGGGCCCCCUCCCCCUAGACAUUAUCAUGAUCAGUACAAUGAAUAUAGACGGCCAUACUAUUACUGAAUGUUCAGAGUGCUACACUUCUCUAUGUCUUGCAGAAAUUUGAUUGGAAGAAAUAUGUAAAAAUAUUCAAAAUUUGAAUGUCUAUGCAUGAGAAGACAUCUAUUGUGCAGCUUUGAGAUGUAUGGUUAUGUGGUACAGGAACACAAAAUUUGUAUCAUUGUGAGUGAAAAAACUCCAAAUAUAAUAACAACUGUUUUUCUCAUUUGUUUGUCAAAUCAUCUUAUCAUGAUUGUGUCAUUCUUUGUUUAGAAUUUCUUCGAUGUUAAAAGCUGUUCAUUAAAUAGCUUUUAUUUUAA